UAUAUAGAAGAUACGAAACCUUUCCUCAUUGGAUGUUAGCCUAGGAAACUGGUUGAGAAUUUUCUGGCGGUCAUCAUGCGUGCCCACACAUAUAUAAGGAAGAUGGUUCUUUUAUGAGUGAAAUUCAGAAAAACUAUAAACUAUCGGACCACCCAUAAUAGUGGACACAUGACGACAAGAGAUAAAAAUGGAGACAGAACGUCAAGACAGGACAAAUCUGAAAAACAAGCAGUGCAGGCCAAGUGUGACCAGAUUGUGGACGAGUCUCUGGAGAGCACAAGGAGAAUGACAGAACUGGUGGAUAGGGCCAAAGAAGCAGGUAUUCGGUCCCUGGUUUUGAUUGACGAACAAGGGGAACAACUGGAUCGGAUCGAGGAGGGGACGAAUCAGAUCAGUGUAGAUAUGGAGGAUGCUGAGAAAAAUCUGGAGGGACUUGAAAAAUGCUGUGGACUGUGUGUAUUGCCAUGGAAACGGUCAAAAAAAUUUCGGAGGGGUGGAGAAUACGAGAAGACUUGGAGAAUUUCAGAGGACGGCAAAGUGAACUCUCAAAUAACUCGGAUGGCCAUGGGCAGAAACGCACAAUCCAAUGGCACCAUGAUAACCCGAAUAACCAACGACGCGCGAGAGGAUGAAAUGGAAGAGAACCUUCUGUGUGUCAGUGGCAUUGUGGGUAAUUUGAGAGACAUGGCGGUUGACAUGGUCAGUGAGAUCGAGUACCAAAACAGACAGAUAGAUCGAAUCAACUACAAGUGGACAAUGAACAAUGGCUGCAAUGGUCAGGAUAAAAAUGGUGGUGGUAGCCAUGGUUAUGAGUUUAGGAAGCCUGUUAAUAGAAUGGCGUUGGAUGACGUCAUCACGGCGGACAAAACAGACAUCGGUUAUGUAGACAUUGACUGGGACAUCAUACAACAAGAAAAAGAUAAACUUAUAAAUUUUGCUUCUGAUAUAAAAGAUGACGUCAUCACCGACAUGGAAAUAGAAGGAACAGAGGAUAUCUUCCAGGCAGCGGAAGAUACGCCGGCCACGUCGUUAAAUCUCCACGUGAUGGCGGUUGUCGACUCUCAGUUGUUUCGUAAAUUCCUCAGUAGGAACCAGGAUGAUGUCAGACAGACUCACAACGCCAUUGUUCUCUACUUCAGCAUGAUAUUCGCCAUGGUGAACGAAAGAUUCCAAACUAUGAGGAGGCAUGGACUCGAUAUUGCAAUAAAGCUAGCUGCUAUUGUCAUAGAGGAGAGGGACCCGGAUUCCCCCUGGGUGCGGGGUCACGUUCGGCGGCCCGCCUACACCAGUGAGGCGAUGGUUGACGUGGAGUCAGCACUUCGGGACUUUACAACAUGGCUUCAGAGCAGUGGUCUCCCUGAAUACGACCACGCCGUGGGGUUCACAGGGUACACGCUGGUGAAAAAUUCGCGGAAAAUUGACGGUUUGGCGUACAUGAGUAAAGUUUGUGACAGACAGGGUCGGUCAUCGUCCAUCGUUGGAGAAAACGGAGACUUCAUGAGCGUGGGAGUGGUCGCUCAUGAAAUAGCUCACAGUCUCGGUGCAUCUCAUGACGGUAGCGGUGGCGGGAAUUGUUCAGCAGACGAUAACUACAUAAUGGCUCCUCGACAUCAGAUGGACCCAAAGAAAGUUAGAAAUCUUCUCCAGUUUUCAUCAUGUACAAGCUCACAGAUAUUACAACAUUUUAGAUCAGAAGCACCUCAGUGUUUGUAUGAUGACAACCAUGAUUUCCGGUACUCAUACGACCUUGACCUUCGACCCCCGGGAGAGGUCAUCACACGGGAUACUCAGUGCAAGCUUGUGUUUGGUGACAACUCCACGCUCUGUCACUAUAUUACAUCGUCCUCUGAUACUGAUGUGUUCUGUUCUAAUGUCUGGUGCCAUAAUCCAACCAACCCCAGCAUGUGUCAAACCAAAGCGAGGCUGGUCACGUUACCAGGCACGAACUGUGGAGAAAACAAGAUUUGCAGAAAGGGGAAUUGUGUUCCAAAAGAAAUACAAAUUGAGUCGUGCAGUGGUGGGACGGAGGACGAGGUGUACUGUCGGACCCUACUGGACAGACAGGGAGAACAGGCGUGUCAGUUUGCCGCCGUCCGCAGGGUCUGCUGUAGAACGUGUGCCGGAAGGGGGUGGGACAACCAACAGGCGGCCAGGAAAUGAAUAUACGGCAAUGUUGUUGUUCUCAUAGCGUAAAAAUAUAAUUGUCAGAGACAUUUGCUUAACCGUCAUGAGGUACUUUACACAGACUGUAAAUCUAAAUGCGUAUUAUAAUAAAUAUAUUGAAACCCAAGACUACGUUGUAUUUGCACAUAUAUAUAUUUAUGAAUUGAUUUCCCAAAAGUGAUCUGACAAUUUAUUUGUGAAUUGAUUAGUUUUACAGGUUAAGCUCUAUGCAUUAUGUCUAUUUUUUUCCAAAUUAAAACUACAUCUAUACAAAACCAAUGGGUCACAUUGUUUAUCUGAGGAACCACUUAUCUGGUCCUUCCACAUCGCCGUAGAAACCUAUUAAUGCCAGGUGAAAACAAGUAUUCCUUUUAUAGGAAUGCUCGGCAUAUGGUAUCAUUGGUCAGCUUUUUGUAUAUUGCGAAUGUAUUACUUACAAUAAACAUGAUAAA